GGUAUGCAACAGCUGACAGCACUGUCCCGAGUUUGAGUUUCGUUUGUUUUAGUUUAUAAAAUUGGCGGAAUAUAUAAAACUACGCAUAACAUGAAUCGCACCGAGCAGACGUUUGAGGAUCUCAAGUCGUACUUUAGAUCCCACAGUAAAAUACGUGAGCAGCGGCCACACAUGUCAAAGGUGCAUUCGGUGUGCUGGAACGCAAAUGGCUGUCACUUGGCUUCCGGAUCAUUUGACAAAACUGUCGCUGUUUAUGCCUUGGAGCGCGAUCGCUUUGUCAAGAGCAACGUCUUUCGCGGCCACACUGCGUCCGUGGACCAAUUGUGUUGGCACAAAACGAAUCCGGACCAGUUCAGCACGGCCAGCGGCGACAAGACUGUGCGCAUUUGGGACAUACGGGUUGGCAAAUGUGUUUCAGUUACCAACACCAAGGGCGAAAACAUAAAUAUCGCCUGGUCACCGGACGGUAAGACAAUUGCUGUGGGCAACAAGGAGGAUUUGAUAACAUUCAUAGACACGCGCACAAACAAAAUACGUGUGGAGGAGCCCUUUAGCUUUGAGGUCAAUGAGAUAUCGUGGAACAACACGAACGAUUUAUUCUUUCUGACUAAUGGCAUGGGCUGCAUGCACGUACUUAACUAUCCCAGCCUAGAGCACCAGAUGACGCUAAAGGCACAUCCUGCCAAUUGUAUAUGUAUUGAAUUCGGACCGACAGGCAAAUACUUUGCGACGGGAUCGGCAGAUGCGCAGGUUUCGCUCUGGGAUGCCAACGAAUUGGCCUGCCUGCGCAUGAUUAGCCGCUUGGAGUGGCCCGUGCGUACCAUAUCUUUUAGCCAUGAUGAGCGACUCAUAGCCUCCGCCAGCGAGGAUCUAGUCAUAGACAUUGCCUACACAGAGACGGGCGAGCGAGUCACCGACAUUCAUGUGGACGCGUCCACCUUCACGGUAGCAUGGCAUCCCAAGCAGUAUUUGCUGGCCUAUGCCUGUGACGAAAAGGAAACUAUUGGUGAUAGGCGUCGUGAUGUUGGUAACGUGAAGAUCUAUGGAUUUCCCGAGUAGCUCCGGAUUUCAAAUAAUACAACUAUAUAAAUUGUUUUUUGACUAGUAACAAUUCAUUCAAUUUGCGCAUAUUCAACAGAUUCAUUUAGAUAUUAAUGACUGUCUAAAACAUUGAACGCAUUUAACAACCAUCAUCUUCUUGAUUGUUUAUAUUAAGCAAAUAAUGUAGGUAAAAUAAAAAUGUAAUAUAUCUUUCUGAA